AUGGGCAAGAAGAAAAAUCGUCAGCCCUGGAGUGCGCAAUUCGCAGAUGAAGCCAUGGCCGACAUCAACGCCCAGCCCGCCGACGCGACAGUCGACCCUGCCGUCGACAAGCCGACAGAAACCAGCAAUGUUACGACCCGCGAGAGCUCAUCCCAGACCCAAAGCAGCGAAAACCUUAAAAGAUCUGCCCCGGACGAUGAUGACGAAGGAUGGGAGAAGGUCGAACGAUCGAACAAGAAGCGCAAGAAGAUCCCCCGCGAAGGCUCCAAUAACUAUCCCUCAAUCAAGUUCUCCACGAGCGCCAAGAUCUUCGGCAAGAUCAACCUAGCAAUGCUGCGCGACCUCGUUCUCUACAUCUUCGCCGAUGGUACUGGUCCCAACUGGGUCUCAGUCUCCCAUCGACCGAAUUUCCGGAAGAUUGUGGUAUUGAUGGUCCCGGGACUCGAGGAAGCCAUGUUCAAGGAGGCGGUCAACUUCUCGACGUAUAAAUCAGGUCCUUCUAGUAACCAAGAUCUGCUGGAAACGUCACCUGAUGACUACUAUCCUCGAGAGCUCUCAGCCGAGAAGCUGCCACUUGCGCUUCAGAGUUUCGCCAAGAUGUUCCCUCACAUCUGGCCGGUCAAGGCUCCCGGCGACGACAAGUACAUGAAGCUUCACUCGCCUUUGGGAACAUUCUUGACCGCCCCAAUGCCCAAGGAUAAGAGUGACAGAAAGGGCCCCAAGCCAGCUCGAGAGCCGAACGGCUGGAAGAACGAGCGCACACGCAUCACUGAGUUUCUGGCAUCCCUCGAAGAGCUGGAAGUCGCAGGUCACCUCAUUCACCCGGCGCUCAUCGAAAACGAAGAAAGGAAAGCAUCUUUCAAGGUCCCAGACGGGUGGGUUGUGUCAAAGGUCGACAAACUUGAGGACGGCGACGUAUCCGAAUCGGAAAUCGAGAAGGGUAGCGUCACGGCUGGGCGUGAAUGUCUAGCACUAGAUUGCGAGAUGUGCAUGACAGGCGAGAACGAAUACUCCCUUACACGCAUCAGCAUCAUUACUUGGUCCGGCGAUGUCAUUAUGGACGAGCUGGUCAAACCCGAAAAGCCCAUCAUCGACUACGUCACGAGGUUUUCCGGUAUCACAGAGGAGAUGCUGAAGCCUGUAACGACGACUCUUCAAGACAUUCAAAAGAAGCUGCUCGAAAUCGUUACACCGCGAACAAUCCUGAUUGGACACUCGCUCGAGUCUGACCUCAAAGCGCUUCGUUUCUCUCACCCCUUUAUUGUCGAUACCUCGCUCAUCUACCCUCACCCACGAGGACCGCCGCUUAAAUCUUCACUCAAGUGGCUCACUCAAAAAUAUGUCAAUCGCGAGAUUCAGAAGGGCGGUGCUAAUGGACACAACCCGAUCGAGGAUGCUAAGGCGUGCCUCGACCUCGUGCGCCAAAAGUGCGAGAAGGGAAGGCUAUGGGGUGCGUCUGACUCUCAGGGCGAAAACCUCUUUCGACGCCUGGCAAGAGCCGGCACAGCAUACAAGGCCCAGGGCGGCGACGUUGGCGGUCAAGUCACCGGCAAGACCAGCGCAGCGGUAGACUGGGGUGAUCCGUCCAAGGGACCCGGUGCCGGCGCGACGCAUCAGAUCGGCUGCAAGUCGGAUGCGGACGUUGUCAAGGGCGUGAUUCGCGCUGUUAAUGGCGACCCAGAUGGCUUGGAAAUCCCCGGUGGCGGCGUGGACUUCGUCUGGGGUCGCAUGCGCGAACUCGAAGCACUUCAGGGCUGGUGGAACAGGAAUCGGGUCGAGAACGCCAGCAGCGAUGGUGGCCCUCCGGACAUCGAUUCUGCGGAGCUCGAUCCCAAACUCGGCAGUUCAGACCUCGAGAGAUGUUUGGCUCGUCUCUCAGCCCGGUUGCAGGCCAUUCACGAUAGCCUCCCACCUUGUACAGCAUUCAUCGUGUAUUCGGGGUCUGGAGAUCCGCGCGAGAUGAGCAGACUGCAGGCGAUGCAAUCUCAGUGGAAACGAGAGUAUAACACGCCCGGAAAGAAGUGGGAUCAGCUAUCGGUCAAGUGGACGGACACAGAAGAGCAAGCUCUUCGACGCGCCGUUAAAAAGGCCAGACAAAGCGUUGGCUUCAUUGGUGUGAAAUAA